AUGGCUCUUCGCGUUGAUUACGAAGGUUCCAACGAUGUCGGUGUCUUCUGCACCCUCACCAAUAGCUACUGCCUCGUCGGCGUCGGAGGAACCCAGAACUUCUACAGUAUUCUCGAGGCCGAGCUCAGCGACCUGAUUCCGGUCGUCCACACUUCAAUCAACUCUACUAGAAUUGUCGGAAGACUCACUGUCGGUGAGUGCUCACCUUUAUUUCUCAAAAAUUUCGGCGAAAACGUUGGUUUUUCCAGGAAAUCGUCACGGACUCCUUGUUCCAAAUGCUACUACCGAUCAAGAGCUGCAGCAUUUGAGAAACUCGCUUCCAGACGAGGUAAACAUGAACAUCUUAAAGGAAAUCUCAAAUAUUAAACAAUUCAGGUUGCCAUUCGCAGAGUUGACGAACGUCUAUCGGCCCUCGGAAACGUGAUCGCUUGCAAUGAUCACGUCGCUAUUGUCCACGCAGAAAUCAGCGCGGAGACCGAGCAGGCUCUCGUGGAAGUGCUGAAAGUGGAGGUGUUCCGUGUGAGCCUCGCGCAAAACUCUCUCGUCGGCAGCUACUGCACUCUCAGCUCCAACGGAUGCCUCGUUGCCGCUCGCACGCCUCCAGAGACCCAACGCGAGCUCGCCGCUCUUCUCCAGAUCCCUGUCGUUGCCGGAACGGUCAACCGCGGUUCGGAGCUCAUCGGAGCCGGUAUGGUCGUCAACGACUGGGUUGCGUUCUGCGGGUUGGACUCCACUUCCACCGAGCUCUCCGUCGUCGAGUCGAUCUUCAAGCUCGGCGAGCAAGGAGCGCCGACAAGCAUCAGCAACCAGCUCAGAGAUACGCUCAUCGAGAGCAUGCUCUAA